GAAUCCCAAGCCUGUUCCAUUUAAUUUUGUUGAGAAGAAACAUUUCCAUCACGUAAAACCCUGCCUAUCCCUUUUCUCGUUCAUUUUCAUUCAGAACAAACAUCAAACACCAUGAGCGCAUCUCCAAACAACAACUCUUCUUCCACCACCACCACUGCCGCCACCACCACCCUCGACAACUACUUCCUCGAAACCCUAAUGGACAGACUUCAACUUCGUGGUCCAGACAACAAACCUCUCUUCGAUAAAUCCUACGACGAUUUCCUUUUCAGCGAAGAAGAAGAUGAUGACGACGACGAAGAAAACCAACCCGGUGCUUACCAAGACGCAAAACAAGCAAUCUACAAAGAAGAAUCUAAGCUUGAAGCUGAAAUCAUCAAAUUAAUCCUCACUGGAAAAGGAGAUACUCUGAAACCAAAUUCCGGUGAAGCAAUUUCACUUCGCGAAAGCAAUAUUUGUGUUGGGUGUCAUGAGGAAGAAGAAGGGGAGUAUGUUGUGUGGGAAUGGCAUGGACAUAUUAUGGGGUAUACUGAUGAACAUGGGUUUGCUCCUGAGUAUAUUUAUGGGAAUUACUUUCAAAGAAUUGUGCCUGUUGAGCGUUCUGAUGCUGUGCCUGUUGAAGAUGAUGCAGUGAAUAAGGGUUUGAAGGAUUUGAUUGAUGGUGCUGUUAGUACCAACCCUGGUAGGAUUCUUCAUCGCAAUCUCAAUGCUGGGAAUAUUUAUACCAGGUUCUAAGAAAUUCGUCAUUGGAAUUUCAUAAGUGGUUGCAGGCAGAGGUUGAAGCCAUCAUCUCGUUCCCUUUGUGAAGCAAAGAUUGCUUUCCAUUUUCCCUGUGCAAAUCUCAAGAUUAAGCUUGCAUCUGUAUGUCUAUUUGAGCUUUAAAAUCCUACUUGUAAAGGAUGCGAGACAUGGUUUAUUAAUAAUUCAUUAUCUUUCCUUGGCGAAUUAAGGGAGGAAAGUGAAAGGAAAGAAAGAUGCAUAUACUUGUUGUGGUAAAAAAAAAUUCACACAAAUUUCUUCUUCCUCUUUGUAUGUAGCUCUAUGUUCUGUAUGUUCUGUUUUUCACUGUGCGGCGCCUGCACAUUUUUUUUCUUCUUUUUUGCAUGUUAUGCACUGUUGCACAAUUGCAACAUAGCAUUAGGUAGAUCAUUCCUUAUGUUUGGUGAGAGUUUGGGCACUAAAGCGAAUUUGGGCACA